AUGGUCAAGGCCAAGACGAGCUCCAAUGAUGCUUGGAAGCAUCUCUAUCGAGCACUCCUUCGAUCUUCUGCUGCCUCCGUACGAUUCAGCCGCCCGGCUGCACGCAAUACUCGGCGAUACUUGCGGGACGAGUUUGUCGGUGCUCUCGUUGCCGAUCAACAAGUUGCGGCGACAAGACCGAGCAACAAUCUAUCCAGUAUCGCCGGAGUAGGCAAGUCGAACGCCCCAGUAUCGCCGGAACUGCUACGUCGACAGACGCACAACACGCUCGCCUUUCAUCUCUCCGCAUCCUUGCUUCGAAGCAGCACCGUCGAACGUCGUGAAUCAUCAGCUGUGACCGCCUCGGCACCCGAUGAUCUCGAUAGGAACAACACUUCGAGCAGCUCGCGUGGCAUGCAGCAUACCGAGUCGCUUUCACCACCUGAACACCCAACAUCGACCAACACAAUGACCACGCCAAGCACCGAGGCAGUCCCACGAUACACGCAACCCACCACGAAGACCACGCGGCUGCCGCAACGUGUUGUUUCAAAUCUCUCGUCGUUGACCUACCACCACCUGUCGCCACAUACCCAGAUGCAGUCGCACGCCCACCUCAAGCAGAACCGUACCCGAAAGCCGCAAAAGCUCUCGUCGCUUGCACGCGUGCUUGGCAAGAUCGAGGCAGACGUGUCAAUCGAGCCGAUGCAAGGUGCCAGCACCGAUGUCGGACUGGAGGGCGUGCUCAGCGGCGGAUCAGGCCAAUACGGCGGUCCCGGAAGAGGAGCUGGGGGCGCAGGCGAGACAGUACUCAACGCACUGCAUAUGAAGCUGGGCUUUCUAAUGCCGAGCGCCAAACCCGCACGUGGGCCUGUCUCUGCGCGCCUUAAGGAGUGGGAUGGGCAGGAUGCGGAUAAAAUCGCGUCCGAGGGCAGCCUGCGUCAGAUGCAGUCGGAUUUGGCCACGGUCGAGCGGCUGUUGCAGCAACACGAUGCAGAUGCAGAUGCCAAGCGAGGAGGCGCCACCAAGCAGCCGUCGUUGGCAAAACAGGUGCAACAGCUCAAAGCCGAAGCGGAACAGUUGAGGCGCAAGAUCAAGUCGGCGAGCAAGGCGUUGGCACAGGUGCAAGCACGAGAGCAGCUGGAGAAUAUCGCUGUGGACCAUCUGGCAGACCUUGUUGCUGCUGCGCAGGACAGCGAACAGGUAAUGUUGGGAAAGAGGCGGUGGAUGAUGAGGAAAAGGGGCGAGUUUUUGCCUCCGUGA